UGUGGCUCCGGUUCAGUCAGUCCUGCUCGCUGUCGGCUAUACUCGCCUCGCCGCGCUCGCCUCCUCGGGCCCCGGCUCAAGCCAUGAUCUCUUCCGUGCGGAAGUCGCUGCCCCAGCGCCGGGUGUUCGUGGUGGGGGUCGGCAUGACCAAGUUUGAGAAGCCUGGGACUGACGAUGCUAGAGACUACCCAGACCUGGCAAAAGAAGCAGGUGAGAAGGCUUUAGCUGAUGCGCAGAUCCCUUACUCAGCGGUGGAACAAGCAUGUAUUGGCUACGUUUAUGGCGAUUCUACUAGUGGGCAAAGAGCUGUCUAUCACAGCUUGGGACUGACUGGAAUUCCUAUAAUUAAUGUCAACAAUAACUGUUCAACUGGUUCUACCGCAUUGUUUAUGGCCCGGCAGCUGAUUCAGGGAGGUAUGGCAGACUGUGUUUUGGCUCUUGGGUUUGAGAAGAUGGAAAAGGGAUCUCUUAAAGGAAGAUUUUCAGAUCGAACCAAUCCAAUGGAUAAGCAUCUUGAAGUCUUGAUCAAUAAGCAUGGGUUGUCUGCCCACCCAGUUGCUCCUCAGAUGUUUGGGUCUGCUGGAAAAGAACAUAUGGAAAAAUAUGGAACAAAAAUCGAACACUUUGCAAAAAUUGGGUGGAAAAAUCAUAAACAUUCAGUUAAUAACCCGUAUUCCCAGUUCCAAAAGGAAUAUAGUUUAGAUGAAGUGAUGUCAUCUAGACCAAUCUUUGAUUUUUUGACUGUCUUACAAUGCUGUCCUACUUCAGAUGGUGCUGCUGCGGCGGUUUUGGGUAGUGAAGAAUUUGUGAAGAAGUAUGACAUGCAGUCCAAAGCUGUGGAAAUUUUGGCGCAAGAGAUGGUGACUGAUUUUCCAAGCUCAUUUGAAGAAAAUAGCAUGAUUAAAAUGGUUGGCUUUGACAUGAGUAAAGAAGCUGCCAGAAGAUGUUAUGAGAAAUCUGGCCUCAGACCAAAUGAUAUUGAUGUAAUAGAGCUUCAUGAUUGCUUUUCUGCCAAUGAACUCCUUACCUACGAAGCACUGGGUCUCUGUCCGGAAGGACAAGGUGGAGCACUGGUUGAUAGAGGAGAUAAUACCUAUGGAGGAAAGUGGGUCAUAAACCCAAGUGGUGGACUGAUUUCAAAGGGACACCCCCUGGGAGCUACAGGUCUGGCUCAAUGUGCCGAGCUGUGCUGGCAGCUGAGAGGGGAAGCCGGAAAGAGGCAAGUUCCUGGGGCGAAGGUUGCUCUGCAGCACAACUUGGGCCUCGGAGGAGCUGCAGUGGUCACUCUCUACAGGAUGGGGUUUCCCGAGGCCGCCAGAACCCAUCAGAUUAGGGCUGCUCCAACCAGCUCUGCGGGUGAUGGAUUUAAGGCAAAUCUUGUCUUUAAGGAGAUUGAGAAGAAGCUUGAAGAGGAAGGAGAACAGUUUGUGAAGAAAAUCGGUGGUAUUUUCGCCUUCAAGGUGAAGGAUGGCCCCGGGGGUAAAGAAGCCACUUGGGUGGUGGAUGUGAAGAAUGGCAGAGGAUCGGUGCAUCCCAACUCAGAUAAGAAGGCUGACUGCACAAUCACCAUGGCUGACUCAGACUUACUGGCGUUAAUGACUGGUAAAAUGAACCCGCAGUCGGCCUUCUUCCAAGGCAAAUUGAAAAUCACUGGCAACAUGGGUCUGGCUAUGAAGUUGCAAAACCUUCAGCUUCAGCCGGGCCGGGCCAAGCUGUGAAGAACUGCCCCCGGCCACUUCUGCAAGUCCACACAGGAUGGAUCAAUGCGUAUCGACGUACGUCAUCAUCAGAACUUAGGUGGAAGCUCCACUUCAGCAAAUAGUGUGAAAUAGAUUUGUUUUUAAAUGGGCGUAACCAAUCGUGUUUUAACCCAGCACUGGCUCAGUAGAGCCCAGUGCUGUACUACUGCUUUGCUGAAUUGCAAAUAACUGUGCAUUAUAAAGCUAAUAUGGUAAUUAUGUUUUGAGGGAAAUUAAGUUUCAGAAUAAAAUUAGGAACAGUAAAAAUCUAAAGCUGUGUAAACAGAAGCUCUUAUUUUGCUUAAAAUCACAUUUAAGGCUGAUUCCUCUGAAUAUUUAACAUAAAGGUUUUCUGAGAACUAGAAAUGAUACAGAAAGAACAGAUAGAUGGUAAUUGGUGUUUUGUACUUAAUGCCGUCAAUCAAUUUCUUAUUAAUAGUUCUUAAAAUUCUGUCCAGGAAUU